CAGAAGAAGAAGCAGGAUCAGCUGUAGAAGAAGAAGGCGCUGAUUCCAGGAAGUGCAGAAGUUGCUGUGAAGCUGCAGGAGAAGAAACUCAGGAAACAAAGUCAUGACUGAACCCAGGAUAUCGUCCAUUGAUGGGAAGUUAGCUGAAGAAUUUGCUGUUCCCUCCCAUGUUGAGGAGGUCAAAGCAAAGAUGUCUGCCUUUGCCACCCAACAUGCAGCAGCAGGUCGCCGGGUUGUUCUCAUCACGUCUGGGGGCACGAAAGUUCCCCUCGAGUCGCGCACUGUUCGCUUCCUCGAUAACUUCAGCAGUGGCAGACGAGGAGCCUGCUCAGCAGAGUACUUCAUGGACUCCGGCUACGCUGUCGUCUUCCUACACAGGCAUCGUUCCCUCUACCCUUACACUCGAAUGUUCUCGACCAUGAACGUGCUGGAUGCCCUGCAGUUCACAAGUGGGGAUGAAGCAUCUGGAUCCUCCGGUGAAGUGAUGGUUAACCCGCAGGUGCUUCCGAACAUAGCCAAAGUGCUGAAGAAAUACCAGGAAGUGAAAGAUGGCGGACUUCUCCUGCCCAUAGAGUUCAGCACUCUGUCAGAGUACCUGCAUCUUCUCAAAGCAGCAGCCCAGGCACUCAGCACUAUAGGAUCGAAGGCCAUGUUUUAUUUGGCUGCAGCUGUGUCUGAUUUCUAUAUUCCACCAUCUGAGAUGCCUGAACACAAAAUCCAGUCUUCCAAUGGUCCUCUUCAACUUAGCUUGAACAUGGUCCCUAAGAUACUGUCCCCACUGGUGAAGGACUGGGCACCUCAGGCAUUCGUCAUAUCUUUUAAGCUGGAGACCGACGCAACCAUCCUGUUGGACAAGGCUCGCGGAGCUCUGAACAACUACAGGCACCAGGCAGUGGUGGCCAAUGUACUGGACUCGAGACGGGGUUACGUUGUGGUGGUGACCCCCAAGACUCAGGAUGAGCUGAUCCUCACAGAGGAAGACGUGAAGAAUGAGGUGGAGAUAGAAGAGAGGAUAGUGAGCAACCUGACAUCAGCACAUAACAGGUUCAUAGAUCAACAAGUGAGCUGACAGUCAUCACCUGCAAGUCUGAGUCAGUGACGCAGCUUUGAGUUGUGUC